AUGAAUGGUGGAACAUCUGAAGAUUAUAUCCACUCGCUUACUCAAGGAUUUAACAGAAUCUUCAUUAGAGAUGUUAAGAUCAGCAGUGUAGUUUGCGAUGGCAAUAAAGCGCAAUUGAAAUGUUUUCAGAAAGGAUGGAAUCAAUCGUUCUACAACUCAAAUGACCCAAGGUUAUUCAAAAUCUUGUUUAUCCCGUGUUUAUGCCACAGGAUUCAUAAUUGUUAUCAAUAUAUGACAACAAAAGACGUAGCAUUAGGAGCAAUUGUGAAACAUAUCCACGAAAUAUCAGCUCUUUGUAGAAUCCAUGUUGAAGACAUCGGAGCUCUCUGUCCAAAGCAUGUAUCCACCAGGUGGAUCUAUGAUUAUAAUAUUUGUAUGUUUAUUAUCAAGUAUCAAGACAAAAUUUCAAGAUAUACGCGUAUUGAUAUUGAAAACAUCAAGUUCUUAAGAGACUGCUUGGCAAUUCUCAAGAAGCUUAUUUCCACGUUCGAAUCAGAUAAAACCAAGAUAUCUGAUUGCUACGUAUGGCUUUGCAAGGGUAUUGAAGCACUCCAAUACCUUUCCAGCAGCAACAACAAUCCUUUUGCUGGAAUCCUUUCAAGAUCGUUGUUGAACUAUACCCUUGGAUCGGACUUUGGAGGUCUUUGGUGCUUAGCCUUCGCUUUUACACCGAAAGGUAGGUAUUAUUUCAACCAAAAAUUCGUCCACGGAGCGCAGAUCAACGAAUCUCCGGCAAUUAAUUCAUUUGAUAUUACAAACGUAACUUUCGUUAAUCCAGUAGAAGACAUUCAAUCUAUCUAUAUGGACUCUAUCUUUGAAGAAGGUUCGACUGAAGUUUCUCUUGAUAUGGUUGAGGAGGGAUCAAUUCGUCAGGUAACUGCUACAAUUGACCCUCCUAUGCUUGAUCUCGCAGAUGUAACAUCUAGUUCAAAUCAGCCGGUUAACCAUUUUGUUGCAGCUAGGCAGUAUCUCAAAAGUAUUUUGGAACAAUUUCGUAUUCCGGGUCAAACAAUAACAGAUAUUAUUACACUAUUUAACACGUAUAUUAAUAGUGAUAAUGAUAUCUUCUCUGAUGAUAUGAUUCAAGAACGUCAAGAAUACGGUUGGGAAGAAAUCUCUCAUAGAGAUGGCAAUGUAUCAAUCUUUGCAGAUAUCGCCCUUCGUGUUAUCUCCGCUUCACCUUCAGAAGCAAC